GUAGGGACUUUAAUGUUAUUAUUAAAAAUACAGGGAUGAGUUCAUAAACAAUGACAAAUACUCUCUUUGGUCAAAAGUCAAAACCUUUAAAAAACCCUAGCUCUCCUUCUCUCUAGUUAUGCAUGAAAAGCUCUCCUCAUCUUCAUCUGCUUCUAUGAAAAGCUCUCAACUUCCAUGUGGGUUUCGUCUUUCAGGUCAGUGUUUAAUCUUAACAGAAAACUCCUGACCCCUAAACCCAUCUCUAUUCCAGUUCUUCCCUUCAAUUCCAAAUCUUUCUCAAUUGCUCCCUUGAUCGGUAAUUCAACCACCGCCGAUAGCGACAUCGACGGCGACCAGCUACAACAUCUGGAUUCAUUCGAGGCUGUUGAUAUCUUAUACAGCCUUAAGGAACAGCCGGAUCGUGCUUUCUCCUUCUUUUGCAAAUUGAAGGACUUGGGCUUCCAACAUGACGUCUCUUCAUAUGCUGCCGUUAUUAGAAUUCUCUGUUAUGGGGGUCUCGACAGGAACCUCCAUUUAAUUUUCUCUGAUCUUAUUCUGGAUUCUCGCAAUGGUAAUGGUGCUUCUUUUGAUGUUUCACGUUUGCUUGAUACGCUCAGUGAAGGGGUUGCUGAUGACGCUAAACAACACUCAUCAUUUCUUUUUAAAGUAUAUGAUGCCUUGAUUAAGUCCUAUGUUAGUGCUGGUAUGUUUAAUGAGGCUAUUGAUGCUUUGUUCCAAAUGGGUAGGCGUGGAUUCGUGCCCCAUAUAUUCACCUGUAACGUUCUUAUGAACAAAUUGAUUCAGAAUGGUAAAAUCGAUAUGGCUUUGGCCAUUUACAAACAGUUGAAGAGGAUGGGUUUGAGCCCUAAUGAUUACACCUAUGCCACUGUGAUAAAGGCAUUUUGCAUUAAGGGUAGUUUAGAAGAGGCUGCGGAUGUCUUUACGGAUAUUGAGGAAGAUGGUGCUACCACCAUUUAUUUUGCUUACACAGCUUAUAUAGAAGGACUUUGUGUGAAUCAGAAGUCGGACUUGGGCUAUCAGGUGCUUCAAGCAUGGAAAGCAGCCAACAUCCCCUUUGAUAUAUAUGUUUAUGCAGUUGCAAUUCGUGGCUUUUGCAAUGAGAUGAAAUUGGACAAAGCAGAAGGAGUCUUACUUGACAUGGAAAAAGAAGGGUUAGUUCCAAAUAUGUAUUGCUACAAUGCACUGAUUUGUGGGUUGUGCAAGGGUGGGAGAUUGCUAAAAGCAUAUGCUCUCCUCAAUGACAUGAUGUCUAAGGGUGUCGAAAUAUUUUGUGUGGCUGUUGGUUCAAUUCUUCAAUGCUUGUGUGAAAUGGGCAUGCAUUCUGAAGUGUUGGAUCAAUUUAAUGAAUUUAAGAACUUAGGUAUAUUUCUAGAUGAGGUUUCCUACAACAUUGCAGUUGAUGCUUUGUGCAAACUGGGAAAACUAGAAGAAGCUGUAGCAUUGCUAGAUGAAAUGAAGGUCAAGCAAAUGGAUAUGGAUAUUAUGCAUUAUACGACUCUAAUUAAUGGGUAUUGUUGCCACGGAAAUCUGGUUGAUGCAUGCAAGGUAUUUGAGGAAAUGAUAGAGAAGGGUUUGAAGCCAGAUAUUAUCACUUACAAUGUACUUGCUAGUGGAUUUUGUAGACAAGGCCUUGCAACUGAGGCACUUAACCUUUUGGAUCAUAUGGAAACGCAGGAUCUGAAACCUAGUACUAUUACACAUAAUGUAGUAAUUGAAAGUUUAUGUGAAGGAGGGAGAGUGAAAGAAGCUGAAGCAUUUUUUAAUUGUAUAAAGGAUAAGAGUUUAGAUAAUUAUGCUGCCAUGAUUAAUGGAUACUGUAAAGCCAGCCAUACUAGAGAGGCUUACAAGCUUUUCAUUAAACUUUCAGGACAGGGACAUAUAGUGAAGAAAAGUUGCUGCUACAAUCUUAUCAAAAACCUGUGUGUGGAAGGUGAUAAUGAUAGAAUUCUCAUGCUGCUAAAGAAAAUGUUGGAUUUAAAUGUCGUACCUAGCAAAGUUAUGUACAGUAGAAUCAUUGCUACUCUGUGUCGGAUUGGGGAUGUGAAAAAUGCAGAGUCAGUUUUUGACAUCAUGUCUGCAAAAGGGUUGACUCCUGACAUCUUCACCUACACAAUUAUGAUGAAUGGUUACUGCAGGAUGAAUUGCUUGCAGGAAGCCCGUGAUCUUUUUCAUGAUAUGAAACGAAGAGGAAUUAAACCUGAUCUGGUUACUUUUACAGUUUUGCUCGAUGCUCAUCAGAAAGCAUAUAUAAGGAAGGUGCGUUCCCAAGCCAGUCCUAAGGGAAGCAAUAAAGACAUGUUUGAUGCUUCAUCUGUUUGGACAGAAAUGAAGAAUACGGGGAUCAGACCUGAUGUCAUUUGUUAUACUGUCCUGAUUGAUGGACAUUGCAAGGCAGAUAACCUUCAGGAUGCUGUAUGCCUCUUUGAUGAAAUGAUUGAGAGAGGAUUAGAGCCUGAUACAGUAACUUACACAGCUCUUCUCUCCGGACUUUGUAACAGGGGAGAUGUGGAUAAGGCUGUAAACCUUCUUGAUCAAAUGUCACUAAAGGGGAUACUGCCUGAUACUCGCACAAUGUCUGCUUUAGAGCGCGGUAUUCUAAAAGCCAGGAAGGUACAGUUUCAAAAGUAACUACUUCUGUAAAUGAUGGUGGCUGGAUGAAUCCAAAAUAUGUGAACUAGACCAAAAAUUAUUCUCAGUUUAUGUCUUCUACCAAUACUAGCAGGGUGGCUACUGACUACUGCAUUGAGUAAUUCCAUGUGAGCUGGAAAAGUCUAUCUGAACUGUGGAAUUGGUAUGUUUCUCUACUUCUUUUAAAUCUUCCAUCAUUUAUAUUCGCAAAGGUUUCAACUUUCAACUGAAAGCAUCUUAUAACACAUCCAUUUGGGAGGUCAUCUGGAAUCCAAUCUCUUAAACUAUGUAGAAAUUUAUGAUGAAAAUGUCAAUAAUCAUCCUAUAUGCUUAUGUUUUGAUCUUUGAAGUUCUAAGUCUCUUGCAACUCUGUGAUAUAUUCAAUACAUGUAUCUUUGUUAUCUGUAAUUCAAUAGAUCAUUUGAAAUCAACAGUAAAAAUACUAGAUGUACAUGCUUCAAGGAACAUGCUUUGGUGAAAUGCAUUAGGUAAAGGCCUAUGUGGUCUAUUGCUUCACAUUACUAAUACUUGGAGUAGAUUUACUGCAUUUCAAUUUUGAACUGGGUGUCUGUAUUUCUGCUAUUGCACUUGAACCCUGUUAAGAAUCCAUUUUAUUCUAGUGAGGGUAGUAUAUUCAUGUCACUUAUGACACCUGUAUCAAAUGCUUGGCCUUAACAUCAGUUAUUCAAAUUUCUUGUGCUUGGGCCUUGCCUCAAGUUUGUGAUGGUGUGUUGGUGUGAGGUUGAUAUCAUGUUUCAAAUUCAACUCUAUCAUUUUCUCUGUGUGAGUUAGCAAAAUUAAACUCCUAGUCAUGGUGAGCACAAAAUUACUUUAAAGUAUUUGUGCCAAUAGUCAUUCAAUUAAUGGUGCGCAAGCAUGGGUAAAACUGAUAAUUCGUUCUGAUAUUUGUGGGAAACUCAUAGCUAAGAGAGCUAAAGUAAUGCCUUUAUUUUGAAAAAUGAAGAAAAAAGUUCUGAGGAAUAUUCAUCAAUGCGUGAAUCUCACUUUAAUGCUAUAUUUCAAGUAGGUGACUAGGACUUCCCCUGCUGAUUCUUAUGAAUCCUCCUCACCCUAUUGUGAGGGUGGUGGAGGAGAAAGUAUGAUAUACCUACAGAGAAAAAUGUCGCCUAGCACAGGGGAGAUUGUCUUUUUUGUGUAUUUAUUUUUUUUUUAUAAGAAAUAGCUCUGCCAUUUGCGAGGGGGCUUAAUCUCAUUGCUGGUUGCUAUAUAUAUAUAUAUAUAUAUUAUUUUUUUCAGCACAUUCAAGUUCAAUUUGUAUCAUAAAUUUCAAUGACAGUAACAAUAAUUAUCACCUGAUUUCAGUGUGGUCACUUAAGUUUUAUGAUAUAUUGAUUAAACAUUGUUGAAGUUCAGUCCACUUGAGGUGGAAAUCUCGCUGAAUGGUAGAGAUCAAGUUGAAGAUUAUGUCUUGUCUUUCCCUCCUUUUCUUUUGCUGUCUCUCUCCACUUGUUUGGAAUUGUCUAGUUUGUUACUUGAGGAAUUAUGGUUUAUAUUUAUGCUAUUUUUGUUUUCUGUUUUUGGUGUAUCACAAUUAAUCUUCUAUAUUUGGACCAUAUCACUAUGGUUGUUAUAUUGUUAUUAUUGUUAUUGUGUACUAAAUUUAGUAAGUUAUUAUAUGGAGAUGAAACACAUUAUCUGUUGCCUUUUUUAUGCUAAAAGAUCAUCUCAAACUACACUUAAUUAGACUAUGCUAUCCUACCACUAUUGUUCCCUUUCAAGUUAAAUUAGCUUUCCAUGUUAGGCAAUUCUUUUCAUUAGAUUUGGUGCCUGACUUCAGUGCAUUAUAUCUUGUUGAACACUUCUGGAGCUAACUUUUAAAAAACGAUUUUCUACUCAGAUGAAAUGCUUGUCAAUUUCAAGGAAGCUUGUAAGUAUCACCUACCUUAUUCUGUUAUGUUCAAGCGAGGUAAAGACUUUACCAGUGUUAGUACAGCGCCCUAAAUUCAAGGAUAGUAGGUGAAAUUUACCUCGGUGCUUUGAAUCUGUCAAUUUUGCAUGCAUGUGUGUGUAUUUUUUUCUUUCUUUGUAGUUGUUUUAUUUGUAAGAAUCUUGGUGCAAUAGAGUAACAAUUUUUAAUGUUUAUGGGGACUUGCAGUGCCCGGAGUAGGUGAAAGCUUUAGACAAAUUGAAAAAAAAAAAAAAGAAAGAAAGAAAGCUGUAGACAAGAAUACAAAAGCUCAGAAGGAAUCUGGAUGAUGGAUUUGCCUUUGAAGAAUUGCCAAGACAAAGGAGGAGUCUGAUAUUUCCAAGAGAGAGCUUAUCUUGGAAUAUGGAACACUCAUACAGCCAUAUUCAGGUGAACUUGCAAGCAAUUUUGGGUACAAAAUCGUAAACCUGUUGACGGUAUUCGUUAAACUAUCCAGUAUGCCAGGUUUUCAUUCUUGUGUUAUUACUGUAUGGAGAAGAAUUUGUGCUGCUUGUAUCAGGCAUGAGCAGAACGUUACCCUCCUUUUUAGUUCGAGGGCAUGCCGAUUUUUUAGUCUAAAUUGAUAUAGCUAUAAUUUAACAUGUCCAUAUGUAAGUUUUAAGAUAAUGUAAUAAGUUUCUGUAGCGGCUCUUUAGUGAUUUUGCA